CUAAGGGGCAUGAGGACUCCAACUCCCAGGGAGACUUUAGAGAACGCAGGGAGGCCUGGUCCUGUGAAUAACCGCGCUGCAGCAUGCCCUCCUGGCCCAAUGACUCUGAGUGCCUCCCGCGUAACUGCAGCUGGGAGGAGACCUACAACACCACGAGCAGCGCCGACCAGCCCGCGCCUCCGCUCAACUACUACUCGAUCCCUCUCCUCACGUUCAUCACCGUCGCCUGCUCGCUGCUCUUCCUGGUCGGAGUGGCCGGGAACGUCAUGACCAUCCUGGUGGUGAGCAAGUACAGGGAUAUGCGCACCACCACCAACCUCUACCUGUGCAGCAUGGCUGUGUCUGACCUGCUCAUUUUCCUGUGCAUGCCGCUGGACCUCUACCGCAUGUGGCGGUACCGGCCCUGGCGCCUCGGAGCCGCGCUCUGCAAACUCUUCCAGUUCGUGUCCGAGUCUUGCACGUACUCCACCAUCCUGAACAUCACUGCGCUGUCGGUGGAGCGCUACCUGGCGAUCUGUUUCCCGCUGCGCGCCAAGGCUCUGGUCACCAAAAGGCGAGUGCGCGCACUGAUCUGCGUCCUGUGGACGGUGUCCCUGUUCAGCGCAGGGCCUGUGUUCGUCAUGGUUGGAGUGGAGAGGGACACCGUGGAACCACUAAACCUCACGUCCCGGAUUAAUACGACUGGCUUGCUUUUGGACGUUGGGGACACUCGGGAGUGCAGGAUGACGCACUACGCCGUUGAGUCAGGCCUGAUGGGGGCCAUGGUGUGGCUGAGCUCGGUGUUUUUCUUCAUGCCGGUGUUCUGUCUGACGGUGCUGUACAGCCUCAUCGGCCGUCGCCUGUGGCAGAGGCACAGGGAGACGAACAUGAGCUCCCGUGUGGCUCACAGAGACAAGAGCAACAGGCAGACCAUCAAGAUGCUGGUGGUGGUCGUGUUGUCCUUCGUUCUGUGCUGGCUGCCCUUCCACGUGGGCCGCUACCUGCAGUUCCGCUCCCUGGACGCGCCCUCUCCGCUGCUGUCCGUGCUGUCCGAGUACUGCAGCCUGCUGUCAGUCGUGCUCUUCUAUCUGAGCGCGGCGAUAAAUCCGAUCCUCUACAACACCAUGUCGUGGAAGUACCGGGUUGCGGCGGCGCGCCUGUUCGGCCUGACCGACGGCCAGCCGUCCCGGUGCCGCACAGCCAGCACCUUGAAGGGCGACGGCUCAAACGGCUGGACAGAAUCCACCGUGAGCUUUUGAACCCAACCGUGUCAAGGAGUCAACCCGGAAGCCAUCGUUUCUUGUCAGAGAGGGGACAAUCUCCAAAGACUUGAAGAUGCUUGAAACUGAAUUUUUGCGAAAGCUGGUUUUGCUCUUAAAUGUUCCGCGACGUGUCAAGAUUCUUUCAGCAAGUGCCGUGGAGCGUAAACGACCAUCACACCGUCUGGAAAUGCUUCUUGGCCUGAUAAAUGGGAUUAAAAAAAUAAAAAUAAAAAAAAGGAGCAUUUUGUACAUAUAAACCUAAAUAUCACACACACAUCUACAAAUGCCUUAUACCGUAUUCUGGAUGACAAAAGGAAGCACUGUAGAAUUUUAAAACUCGUCGCAUUUCUCUGUACUCCUUCAGAGCGGGGCAGAGGUGCAGGUCGUGUGCAAGCAUGUGUGUGUGGCUGUGCAGCAGGCUGUUAGUGAGGCAGACUCUGUGUUCUCCAUUAUUUCCAAAGACCUGCAUGUUGAAUUUCCACUCCAUGCUUGCGCUGAGCUGAUGCUGCAAACAGGGGUCGCGCUCCCUGGCAUAAAAAGGGUGUUCUGGUGUUUUAGUGCCUGGACAGCUGUGCUUUAAUUGUACUUAACAUUUUUUGGAUUGAAAGCUUUGUUUUUUGUUUUAUUCAUAGGGAUGGGCUGAUUAGGGCUCCGGGGGUCAGUUCGCCCCUUUGCCGAUUUGUUUCCUCAUUUUCUACCCACUCAUUGUCAUUUCACCCUUUCCUCCAUUUUGUAGCCAGGCACUAAUCGUUUCCCACACGGUGGAUUUUUCUUGGCGGUAAAAUAUCAUAAAUUGGAAAUGAUAGGUAUAUCACAAAUCAAAUCCUAUAAAGUUUUAACACAGUGUAUAUUCGAAUUACAAAUUAGAAACAUUACAAAUUGUCUCUAUGACAAACAAAUUAGGAGACCCCAUUGAAAAUCCAGUCGUUUGUUAGGAAUUGUUCUUUAAUCUUUCUGUUGGAAAAAAAGUGACUUAUUUGCACCCAGUAACACAAUUUUUCUUAUUUUGCAAACUAAGCAAAAAUAUACAAGAACAGUAUUGGCUGUGAACUUCUUGUAUCCAUCUGACAGUCUCUGACAUCAGCCUGAGGAAAGUUUGUCCCAUUUCUCACUUUUAGCUCUGAAAUGUUUUUUUAAGGAUUGAAAAUCUUAAUAAGAUCAAGAUCUGGGCUUCCACUGUGCCUGGGGUUCUUGACGGUUCUUGGUGAAUUUAUUCGUGUGUUUUGGGUCAUCACCGUGUUUCAGGGCUUCACUGUUACUUAGACUCGGCCUGUGGACUGAUUUCCACAGAGUCUGAUGGCUGAUUUCAAAUUCUUUUGAGACCUCCCGAGUCUGUCCACGCUCAAAUCUAGUUUUUAACAGGCUCAGGCUUUUAAUCUCACCCAGAACUUUUUCUGGUGUGUGUAAUAUUUUCUGUAUGUACGGUAACACAUUGCUGCCCUUCCUUCUGCUGCUCAGCUGGCUGAAAUAGACUAAAACAGUUUUUUUUGUUGCUCACAAGAAAAUUAUAUUCUAUAGUAGGAUUGCAGCAUUGGGAAUAAUUGUUUCUAAUUGGUUAUCAGCAAAAAGAGGAAGAUUGUGGAAUAACUUUCUCUUUUUAAUCUACUUGUACAAACCGGCCCCUCGAAUAGAUUAGAAGUAAAUAUCAGACUGUCCAUCGCCAAGGGUCCUUCGACCUUAGAUUGGUCAUCUGAGGUAAAAAAAAAAAAAAAGAGAGAGAGAAUCUGAAGAGGCACAUGUUUCUUGUUUUCACUAGAUUAUUAUGAAAAUAAUCAUUCUGAACGUACUGUUCUAGAGGUAUUAGUCAUAUGUUUCACUGCACUGCAAAAAACACAAAUAGCUUGAUUUUCAUUUCUAACAGCUAAACUCACGCUGUGAUUUGGACACAUAGCGUGUUGCAGAUUUUACUGUUUCUUACAUGCCAUCUGAAUUCGCUGCCAGCUGAAUGCAGAUGUGUGAUCUACAUUCUUCUUGCAGCUCAUUUUGGUUUAUGAGCGAUGCACUAAAAAAACAAAAAAAACACAUGGUAUUAUAUAUUUUUUAACCACCUUUUCUUUUUUUACUUUUAAGGUUUGUUUCAGCUUUUUCUUUUUUUCCACGACACGUUAAGGUUUUGCCUUCUCGCCACUUCUUCAGGGUUAGUUUUUGAGUAAAAUUUUCUACUUUAAAAAGUGAGCGCAAACCACGUUUUGCCCGUUUUCCCUCCAAAAUAUGCUUGUUCCAUCACAAAUCAUCUUCCGUUUCAUAUUUUACAUCAGAGUGCGUCAGUUGUACAUUUGUUAAUAAAUGGCCUUUUAAAGCAUUUGAACUGAAAAAAAAGAGAAAAGAAUCGCUUUCUAAAUGUGUUAUUACAACUGUGUUCAGCAGCCCUGGUUUCUGUCCCUGCUGCUUUUAAAAGUGAAUAUUAUUCAAAGUAAGAAGUGUGGAUUAAUAAAGAGCCGUGUGCCAUGUGUUGUGUCAUCCUUUGGAUCAAUGAACAACCUGUACGCCUUGACGCCGCCCCCGCUUUGGCUCAUAGACGCUUUGGACGUCUCGAUUGAUGAUUUGUGCAGCAAAUCACCUGGAUUUAAUACGUGGCCUCUUGGCAGUAAAGAAUGUAUUUCUGCUAAAUGAAUUUUUUCCAACUGUAUAUACUGUCAGCAGGACGAUAUAUUUAUUAAUGUACUAAAUGUAUAAUGAUUAAAAGAAGACAAAUAGUUUCAUUUCGUUUUGGUUUUUGAAAAAAAAAUUGUGGCAGUUAUCUGCUGGUUAAUGUAUCUGUGUUAAUUAAAAGAAAACGUGGUCAAUUAAAAAUAAGACGAGACUGAUUUCUUUUAUGUUCCAUAUCUGUACUUACAGACAACAAAUGGCAAAACUUGGCAGCAUUUUUGUUCCUAGGGGUGUGAGAUAUAGGGAUUUUUUUUUUUAACGAUUCCUAUAUUUGCUCCCGUUUUACCUCAUCGUAUGACGCUAACCAGCGACACAACAGCGUGAGGUCUGUCGUCUUAGCAGGCAUUAUGCCUUAGUGACCAAAGGGACUAACGCCAGUCUGUUACUUCACAUACCCUUAAAGACUCCAGAGUGGCGGACAUCAACAACGGAUUAAAGCGUCCCUCAUUCAGCAAUGAGGUCAACCAGGUACACAAAAACAAAAGGGAGAAUCUGUCAAGAAUCCUUCCGUACGCCUCAAUCCAUUACUGGUGUGGAAAGUGUCCAGAGUGUUUCAUAAGUUAAAAAAUAAAAAUCUACUUCCGUCUCAUCUAAGCAGAACACCUUCCACGUGGUUGCUGUGCACCCUAGAUGGCAUUUCAACAAUAGCUUUCCUCCCCAAACCCUUUCAUUACGGCCAGAUCCAUGAAGUCCCGUCGACAGAUUCUCCCACCCGAGUUGUGGAUUUCUGAAGCUCUGAAGCAAAGGUAAAUGACUCGACAUCAGAGAAAAGGCAGACGGGGUGAAUCGAGUCAGGAUUUCCGUCGUCCCCGCCUUCCGGAAUGUUGCAUGUUAGAGACCGAUGAGCGCCAGCGCGCAAACGGAAGAUCGGCAAAUCAGCUGCAGCUGUGGAACAAUCACACUCACAGUCACACCUGCUUAGAGGCGCUAAAAUGCGUUUCCUCCAGACCAGGUGUUGAAACUCCUCCACCAUCAGGCUGCGCAGAAGCAUCUCUGUCGGUGUUUGUGCAGAAACGCAGGAUGACCACGUCAGGACCGAAUGCUGCAAAGAUCAGACGCGUAACGUAAGGCGAGGCCCGUCAAGUGGUGACCCACUCCGACAGCCAAUGACUUCAAAAUGUUUAUUUUCAGACAUGUGGCCGGCUUAAAGAGCCGUGCUGCCAUGUUUGUGUCGGACUCUAUGGUGAAGGUAGUGAUUGUGUCUUAAAAAUAAAAAUGACCUGGAUGUGUUGUGUCCAUCUUACCUUUGUGUGUUUUUCGAGCUACUCCGUCUGGAACCUUGUAUGGAGAAGCCGAUUGCGGAACGUUCCGUUUUGCAUGCAGUGCCGAGGGGCGUGUGUGAUUGUCAUCACUUUUAAGAAGAGGACAAAAGCAGGUCCAUGCAACCAGACGAUUUGGAUAUGUUGUGGUUGCGUUAAGAGAUUUGGGUACAGGCAAAUGAUGUGCAUUUUUGAUCAUUUGUAAAUUCAUAUUGUGAUUGGACAUCAAAUGAUGGAGCUUUUUCUUGUAGGAGGAGCUUCCAGUAUGGCAGAUUUGGGCCCCAGGAGGUACAAAAAGUUCCUUUUUUGAAAAGUCAAAUAAAAUCUGUGGUGUGCUUCUGUACUCCGACAUGGCUUGUUGUAAACUUCAAAUCACACUCCUAUUGAUUAUGUGA